AUGGCCUUCAAAUCACCUCCCGCCAAGGUCCACAGCUACGUCACAAAGCUGUUAAAGGCCAACCUCAUCAGGAACCCCCCCGUCUGGUACCCCGCCGCAUCCCUCGCCCCUCCCUCCCCCACAUUCCUCCGCGAGCGUGAUCCCUCCGGCGCCAACUCCCAUGCCCAGCUCCAAUUCGAGAAGGAAGCCGAGAUUAAAAAGCAGAAGGAGGCUCUUGCAGCAGGACUUCCCGCACCAGCACCAGCAUCAGCAUCAGUACAGAAGGAAUUGACCCGCUCCUCAAGGUCACAAAAACACCUCCGCUGGAGGACUGAGCGGCCACAAAAGAUUGUCUACCCAGAGGACAAGCUCCGUAGACGGUUCUAUGAGGACCACCCCUGGGAAUUGCGUCGUCCUAGAUGUUUAAUCGAGACCUCGGGUGAUGGUACCCGUCGCAACUGGACUUCGCUCUUGCAACCCGGCCGAUCCAUUGCCGACUUGAGCGGUGAAGAUGUGAUCCAAUACCAGUUGUACUUGAUGACAACAGGAAAGUCUGAGCGGGAAGCCUAUCACAUUGCGACGGAGGAAUUUUAUUUGCACAGAGCUCAGGAGGAGACCGAGGCUCGUGUGGCCAAGGCUCAGGCCAUGGCUUUCGGAUUGAAGCCUCGCAGGAGCUUUGUCAUGAACGGAUUGAAGCGCGAGGAGGCUGCCCUCCGUGAGGCCGAGAGGAACGCUGCCAAGUUCUAA